AUGGACCUCUACGAGUCCAGCAUGCCUGUGAUGGAGGAGCAGGCUGGCUCCAAGAACCGCGCCCUGUGCGCGCUUCAGAAGUUUGUGAAAACGCUCAUCGGCCAGUUCGACGAGCAGACGACCAAGGUGAUCGGCUUCAAAGAGAUCAGGCACCUCAACCGGAAGCAGCUCUCCUUCUUCAAGAAGGUUUUCCCUGGGGCCAAGAUCAUCCUGAACACGCGGAAGAACCUCCACACCCAGCACCAGUCCCAGUUCCAGAUGGACAUUCCCCUCGAGGAGCUGUCGAAUUGGACCAAGGAGCUGGAGCUCUUCCAGGCGGACAACCCGCAGGACACCUUCCUCCUGCACCUGGAGGAGUACAACGCCAAGACCUACAACCGGAUUCUGGACUUCCUGCAG